AUGCCGAACGCAGGCACCUGGCUGAAGAUGCUCGGCCUUGGCGCCGCAGUGAGCAUUGGAGGGCCUAUGUUUGUACUAUAUAUCCGUCCCACCGACGAAGAGAUAUUCCAAAAAUACAACCCGGAACUACAAAAGUCGUCCAUCGAGGGCCGCGAACGAAGAGAGCAAGAGUACGAUGACUAUGUGAAUAAACUGAAGGAGUGGUCUAAAUCAGACAAGUCAAUCUGGUUUGCCGUCAAAGAAGAAGAAGCGCGCCGCAAAGUCCAAGUAGCCGAGUCAACAACACAAGCCAAGGAGGAGCAAAAGGCACAGCGGGACGAGAUGCGAAAGGAACUUCUCGGCGAGAAAUGA